AUGUUAUUAAUCAAAUGCAUGUUGCCUAUAAUUGUGUCAGCAGUUUUAGUUGCUGGAUGCAUUAUACUUGUACUACAUAAAAGGAAAAAAGUUGAAAAUCGGCUUGAAAAGGAUUUAUCAACUAUAGGUGCUCAAAGAAGGUUUUCCUAUUAUGAACUUGUGCAAGCAACUAAUGGAUUCAGUGAGAGUAACUUAGUUGGAAAGGGAAGUUUUGGAUCUGUGUAUCAAGGGAUGCUUUCUAGUGGGGAGAUAGUUGCUGUUAAAGUUAUUGAUUUGAACUUUGAAGCAACGUCAAAGAGCUUGAAUCUAGUUGAGAUUAUCAGUAGUUGUUCAAAUGCUAAUUUCAAAUCCUUGGUGAUGAAGUUUAUGUCAAAUGGAAGUGUUGAAAAAUGGUUGUAUUCAUAUAACUAUUGUUUAGAUUUCUUGCAAAGACACAUGGUUGCACAUGUUACCGAUUUCAGUAUUGCCAAACUUUUGGAUGAUGGACAAUCCAAAAUUCAUACAGAGACUUUAGCUACUCUUGGCUAUGUUGCACCAGAGUAUGGUUCUAAGGGUGUUGUUUCUGUUAAAGGAGAUGUAUACAGUUUUGGAAUUAUGCUUAUGGAGAUCUUCACAAGAAAAAGACCAACAGAUGAAAUGGAAGUUGUGGAUUCCAAUUUAGUCCAGCAACAUGAGAAAACAAUUCAUGACAUUGUGUCUCAUGUAUCAUCUAUUUUUGCUUUAAGCUUGAGUUGUUGCGCAGAUAAACCUAAAGAGGGAAAUAACAUUACAGAUAUCACUGCAUCAUUGAUCAAAAUCAAGACCUUAUUCCUCCAAGAAAAAGGAAAUGAAGAUGUGAAAAUAGGCUUGUGA